AUGUCGGGUAAUGGAUUUAUUCCUUCUUUCAAAGAGCGCAAGAGCCUGAGUAAGUUUGGUUUUGACCCGUUUUUUCUUGGUUUAGGUAUCAAACCCGAAAAGCGAAGAGAUUAGCGGAUAUUGAUCGAAACUCUUGAUCUUAUCUGUCGUAUUUUGCAGAUGAACGCAUGCGCAUGGUGGAAGAGAUCCGCCGACAACAGCCCGACAAGGUUCCAAUCAUUAUCGAGCGUUUCGAGGGCGAGAAGAGCUUGCCGUUGUUGGACAAGUCCAAAUACCUGGUGCCCGGCCAUAUUACCGUCGCCGAGCUGAUGCAGAUCGUCCGCCGUCGUCUGCAUUUGCAUCCCGAUCAAGCGUUCUUUUUGCUGAUGAACGAGAAGUCGAUUGUCAGCAAUUCCAUGACCGUCCAACAGGUCUAUCAGAUGGAGCAGGAACAAGACGGAUUUUUGUAUCUAGUAUACGCGAGUCAGCCCGCUUUUGGAUGA